AUGGCAUCGGCAACCCUGCAGACAAGUCUUCCCGCCUACCAGUCGGAGAGCCACCAGCGACCCAACUUACUCACCAUUCCCCGUGAGCUACGAGACCUGAUCAUCGCACCACUUCUUCAAUCUGGAGACCUUAGCAUACUGCGUGUUUGUCCCGCCAUCACCGAAGAAGCUUUGCAACGCAUCACCCACGAAGCGACGUUUCGAGUCUACUUCAGCAUCAAAGGUCACGAGGACACCGUUCUAGGAAGAGCCACCAUACCAGCAGGCAUACAGAACGUCGACGUUCGCUUCGAACUCCCUCCUGCCGGGUACGCCAUUGGUGAGGAAAAGUUUCAGACCUCCUCGAUUCGGCAUCUUGGCUAUCGCGACGAUGGCACCAUGCACCGCUGCAACGUCGUCAUCGAGUAUAAUGGAGGCGAAUCGCUCGACCAUAUCUAUCAGGCGACUAAACUGAGGGAAAUACGACCUAGGGGUUCCCAACUACUACUCAUGCUCUCGUAUGCAUUGUGCGGUUAUAAACACUUUGACACUUUGGUAAUCAAGGUAGUGCGAAGUCUCCGGGAUGAAUACUGGACUUCUAGUCUCGAACGCCGAUUGCACAUUGAUACGACGGAUGCGAAAGUCUUGGAAGAUUGUAUGGGGCAUGCACUGGGCCCUACCAAGCUCAGCGCCAACGGUGCAAAUUUCUCUGUCGAAUUCCAUCCACGCGAGUACUGGAGUGGCCGAAAAGUCGAUCUACUUGGCACGGAGAUACCCACCACCACCACUGCCAAUCGAUGCCGGCCGUGCCCCAAAGCUCUUCACAAAACCAGGGCUUUGUCCUACAUAGGCAACCCCGACUUCGACAAUAUGGAGAUCAGCGGAGCCAGCGACUUCAGCGAUGAUAGCGAUGUCGGUUCCAGUGCCUUCAACUUCAGCAACCUUGACCCCUGCGACAGUGGCCACAGCCUCUUUACAGUUCCUGGCCAAGGUACUGGGAAUCAGGAGACGAUAAGAGGAACAUCAUUGGAAGUCUCAAGUCCGUCGAAUUUUCCUCUGCUCGGGCUACCUUCCGAGCUGCGUCUGCUGAUCUACGAAGCCUUGAUCGCGGCCGGAGACCUCAACAUUAUGAGGACAAACAAGCUCGUACACAAAGAAGCGGAGAACGUGUUGAAGAAGAACGCUGUGCUGCGGAUGAACUUUGGCUACGCCAAUCGAACAUCUUCGGCCUCGUUCCCGCUGACAGGGAACCUCAACUUCACAGGUGCUCUCAAAAUUCACGCUACCCCAACUAUCCAGCAUGUUGAACUUCGUUUUAAUUUGGCCGCCGUCCAAGGAUAUCUCCGUUACUUUGACGUCUACACAAACCUCAUCAAGUCCUUCGGUGGCAGAGAUGUUGCGCGCCAAACGUGCACCAUCUAUCUUGAUAUCGAAGUCUACGACAGUGUUCCAGACGAAGGGACCUUUGCACGAGAGACCGCGUGGCAAGCUAUCACAGACCUCACCGGGUUCAAGACAUUGGUUGUGAAGAUUAGGCGUCAGAGGGACUAUAGAUUUGAGGAACAAUGCCUGCGUCGGCUGGGAUACUUGCUACCCCAAACUGGGGACAGCUACCCUCACAAGUGGCUUUUGGAUGAUUACCAGACUCUUUGUGAGAGCUUGAAGAUCACGCUCGGACCAGCGAUUCAGGACAAGAGCCUCAAAGGCCAUCAUUUAAAGUUCCAUCCAAGCGACUUCAAGCCCGAGGAGAAUGGUCCAACAGAUAGUGCAAUCCAAGAGCGCUAUUGA